GUUCCUCCUGAGGCAUACAACUACCUUAUACAUGCGUUACUUUCAAUGCAAGGAGCUGUACCACCCCCACCCCAAACAGCACAUAAUCAAUCGUUACCAUACCCUCAAGGACAAUUCCCGGCAGGUCCUUCUACAUCCUCAAUUUUUUCCGAUGUGCCCUACCAAGCCAUGCACCCCAAUCUACCCCUUGCGAUGUCGUCUACGGGAUCCCUUUCACACUUUCCCCCCGCUAUGAUGACCCCACAUUCAGGAUUCCACAGUACAAUUAAUGAGCCUUCAGCGGUUGCAUCAUCGGCUUCUCCAGACGCAAGUGAUAACGCAGACGAAACUUCUGCCAUUGCUGAAGAUAAGCGCAGACGAAAUACUUCAGCCUCAGCCAGAUUUCGGAUCAAAAAGAAGCAGAAGACGCUCAACCUUGAGCGAAGCGUUACUGACCUGACCGGCAGGACGGAUGAAUUGGAGCGAGAGGCAUCGGAGCUGCGACGAGAGAAUAGCUGGUUGAAGGAAAUCGUGCUAUUAAAAAGCAGAAGGAGGGGCGCAUCUGGUGGCUCACAAUCCAGGAAUUCACAACAAGCCAGUACUUCGUCCGCACAGGGGGGCGGUCAUGACGGUGAUCCUAGCAGCGACGAAGAAGAAGGUCACGAGACACGCGAAGGGAAAUAA